CUGAGUAAGAAGAAAGAAGCUGCCACUCCACCCUGCCUCUGCUUCCCAGCCAGCUGCUUGACGCCCACGGCCAAAGGCAGGAGGAGAGCAGCGAGCCUGCCCAAGGUCGCGUGUCCAGGAUCCCAUGGCAAUGGAUUGGUGGAGGGACAAUUUCUGGAUCAUCUUGGCUGUGGCCAUCAUCUUUGUCUCCGUGGGCCUGAGCAUCUUCCUGUUCUGUGUCUGUAGGCAUCUGUUUAGACAAGGCAAGAAAUGGGAAAUCACCAAGCCCUUGAAACAAAAGCAGAGAGAUGAAGAAACAAUGUAUGAGAAUGUUACCAAUCAACUCUCAGUUCAGUUACCCCCUCUGCCACCCAGGGGUGUGCUUUCUCCAGAAGUUGCCUCCCCACAGGAAACCCCAAGUUGGCCACCAGCUGCAUACUCAUCAGUAAAUAAAGUUAGAAAUAAGAAGACAAUGGCCGUCCCAAGCUAUAUUGAGCCUGAAGAUGACUAUGAUGAUGUUGAUAACCCUGCACAUAUGGAAAACCAUCAUCUUGAAACAACCGUUUCUUCUUUUUGACAAGCAGAAGAGGGUUCGUUCACACAGCUUAUUUUAAACAGUCAAGAAUGGUCGAACUUCAGUGGGUAUCCGGGUCCGAAAGGCAGUGGUAAUGGUACAGAGCUCUGUAAGAUAAGCACCUCCUGAAUUGUAGAUGAAGAAGCGUCAGUGAUCAGAUAAUUGCAGCCAAAGGAAAGACGCCCAUGCUCAGCUCUGAGGAGUCAGGCCUUGAGCUUCUGCUGAGCGAGGUUCCAGGCAGGGGACCACUGGGUUCCGCAGUCCCCACCCGAGGAAACGCUCAGUUCCCGGCACUCUUCCCCUGUUUGUGUGGUUCUAAGUGAUCUUAAAACUUGGCAUUUGAUUGUACAGAGCCUCCCAGGCUCCUAUCCCCAGCACAGCCCUCACCAAGCACAUGUCUUGCCCCCCACACCCCAUCUCCCACACUGAGCGGCUAUGGGUGGUAGUUACAGCUAAGCGCUCUUGUGCGCAAGCCACCCGUCAUGCCUUGUGUGUCCUUCAAGGGUGGGGGAGUGUUUUUGUUCUUGUGGACCCUCCCCAAAUACACGAUCCCAAACCCCAGGGCCUCUCUAUGAUGUCAGCCAAAC